AGAUAUAUACAAUAUAUAUUUACGAAUUAAACGUUUAUUAAUAAAAAUGAAAAAUAUUUUAGUUAAACAAUUUGUGUUUUUUCGUUUGAAUUGAUUUAUUAACAAACACCAAAGGAGGCUUUCCGUUCACACAUUGCAGAAAAUAAGUGAAAAAAAAAAAGAAAUAUGAAUAUUAAAUUAAGCACAGUCUAACAAUUGCAACAAGCUACUUAAAUACCAUUAUAUGCAAUAGUUAUAAUUGACAGAUGACAGAAAAAUACGAAUAAACUAAACAAUAGCCCAAAGUAAAUAUUGGCCGUGAUAGGAGCUUAAGAACCCUUCUAACAUGGCCAAUAUUUGCUCCAUUUUCACAUGCAAGAUGAUGAGCAACAACAAUUGGCAGUUACAACAAGAUGCAAUUACCAACAAUAACAACAACAACAACAACAAACAGAAUAACAACAAAAGGCAAUUGAAACUUUAUUUUCCUUAAUUUAAUUUCAAUUUUUCAGUUCACUUCUUAAGUUCUUGACUCUCACCACUUUCGAGAAUUGUUUUUGGCUCCAACCCACUUUGGAAUAUUCCGAACCAAAAUCAAGAACAAAAUCUAGAAAGGCACUAACUAACACAGACGAGCCAAAGGAAUCGUACAUCUAAACUCAACACAGCUUCAGGGACCAACUAAAGGAGAAAUGAUUUAAACAGAAAUUAAAUAACAAAAAAAAGAACACUGCUAAAUUAAAAACUAAAGUUUGAGGCAUAUCUUGAGAGGCGAGAAUAAAUAUCAAAAUCCAAAAAAUUGUGAAACUACUAAACUAAAUUAUGCAAACCCAAAAAUCGUAUGUGUGUGUACAUAAAAGCAGGAGCAACCCUUUUGGUAAACUAUAUAUAUAUAUAUAUAUAUUAUAUAUAUUUAACGUGUCAAAAAUAAAUCUAAAGGAACAAACAAAAAAUAUCGAAAUGCAGAAAAUACUUCAGGCAAGGCAAGGCAAACUUUGGAUAAAUUCUGAUUAAAAUUGUAUUUCUAAGAUCAAAAAAAUGUAUACGAUAUGCAAGGAAAAUUUAAACUAAACAAAAAUCGAUUAAGUGUAAAAACAAAAACAAACAUAUUUCGAUGGCAAUGAAAGAGACCCACUAAUUUACAUAGAUCUAAUUAUUAUUUCGCUUUGGCGGUAAACAUUUUGUGUACAUAAAAAAAGAAUAAUAAAUCGACACACAAAUCGAAUAUCAAAUGACGGAAAAAGAAAACUAAGAAACAAAAAAAAAAAACACAACCAAACAAGAAAAUAACGAAAAAAUUCAAAUUAGCAAAAUUUUUGUCAACAAAAAAAAAAACGACCUAGUAAAUGCUAAAUUCAAAUUUAUAGUACAUAUUUGUGUAUGUAUGAGUGUAUUGCAUAAGUUCGAUGUGAGUGUAUAACAAUUAUUAUUAUUAACAUUAUGCCUAUCACUUUAGUUUUUAUAGUUAUUUUGUUUGUAAACCAAACAAUAUCUAAAUACCUAAAUUCGAAGCCAAUAAUAUUGAAAGAACAACAACAAGCAACAACAACGGAGAAGAAAAACAUGUGCUGAACUGCUGAAUUCCAAUUGAAUUGCAAAAACAAACAAACAAACAAGAAAAAGCUGACACUAAACAAAAGUAAAACAUUUCGAAACCUAACACUCAAAUGUAUGGCAAAAACAUUGUAAAAAAGUAUAAAACAAAAAACAGACCAGUCAGUUGAGGAUGACAAGGAGAUAUGGGCAAAAAGAAUUGCUUAAGGAAAAGUUAAGAUUUGUGUAUAUGUGAACAGAAUGAAACAAGAAUAUAGCAGGUGUAUACAAUAACUGUCAUAAAAAAACCAAACUAAACUUGCAGGAGGAGGGACAGAGGAAAUACAAACCCCCAAACAAAACUAUUAACUUGUAAUGAUGUGAACUUGGAGCAUACUCUCAGUAUUUUUAUGAAUACUGUCAAUAAAACAUUAAUUAAAGAUUAUGAACUUGUUUUCUUUCAAAUCGGAUUAUAAAGGGUCAAGGUACUAUUAUAUAAAAUGGUUUAAGACUUAAUGGAGUUACUAUUAUUUUCAAAUUUCCAGAAACCAAAAAAAAAAUUCCCUUUUCUGUCAAAUCAGAAAUUUUAUUCAAAUCCUACAAAAAUUUCGACUUGUUCAGAUAUAAGUAAAUGUUUUUUAUAAAAAAAGAGAAAAAAAAACCAAACCAAAUUAAAUUGAUUUGCAAAGUUAAGCCCGCCAAAUUCGGAAACCUUUAGAAUGACCAUCAAGAGACUAAAGUGUGAUCUCAGCCCGGAGGUCACCACCUGCCUGAAGCUAAAAGACUGUGUCCGUCCGGACUGCUGUCCUAUCCGGGAUCCCAUACCCUACGAUGCCGAGUGUUUCGUGAAGGAUAUAGGCAAGGAGCUAAACCAAUUGAUGCGGCGCCAUAAACGAAUGUUUGUCAAGCGUCGCCGGCUAAUGGAGAUGGCCAUUCCAGUUCGUCGCUAUUGUCGCUAUGUGCCCAAAUGUGCCUGUCUCUUUCCCAAGUCCAUCGAAAUGGUUCGUCCUUGCGAUGCUCAAAGUCACACCCGCACCGAGCAACUGGCUCUGCCAACGGUCCGCCGUCUCCUCCAACGGCGAAGAACAGCCAUUCUAGCUGGAGAUUCCAUCGGCGAGUCCAUCCUAAACAGGUGGCUCCGCUACAGCUAUCUAUCCCUCUACAGUCGCCUAGCGAAUACCCAGCCACUGGUUAAGCCAAAGAAGAAAAAGAAGAAGACGGAAAAGCAGUUGGCUCGCCACGAAAAGUAUAUCGAAAAAUUGGCAGAACCGAAAAAAACACCAAAGCCUCCAAAACUCGAACGAGGAGCUGGGGAAUACGACCAUGCGCGCCUAAAGCAACUGGCAAGUCCCAAGGCCUACUUGGAGGAGAUCAAGCCCAAAUGGGAGCUGACCUCCCAGCUGAAGGACUACAAGGCAAGCAAGCGAAUCAAGCAAAUAUCCCAGCCAGUAGUGAGAGAGAAUGUCCACAUCAACGAGACGCCCGAGAAGGUUUCGCCCAAUGCCCUACGCUACAAGCCGAGUGCCCGUAUCAAGGAGAUGUCCGAACCGCUGACUUCGCGGGAUGCCAACCAGGGACUGACGGAUGUCAAGGAGAAUCCUUUUGGUAUAGCCCCAAAUGCCCUAAAAUACAAGCCGAGCACGCGCAUCAAGGAGCUGGCGGAGCCCAAGGAGUUCGAGAACACACACAUCCGGGAGAAUCCGUUUGCUAUAUCACCGGCGGCCCUGAAAGCCAAGGCCUCACCACGACUCAUCGAGCUGGCCAAGCCGAAGGGCGGAUAAUAUGCUAUGGAAGAGGCCAGAGCCUCUCCAGAAUCAUUUCCAUCACAUUUGGUGUUCUAAGUUUGGUAUUUUGGUUAUAUUUUAUUUCGAGUUUUCUAUAAAAUUGGUAUUUGGUUUUCUAAAAAAAUCUGAAUUUGGUUUAGGUAUUAGGAUUUGAAAACAAAGGGUUAUAUUAUCAGAGAUAUAUACUCCAAAUUCCUAGCAUUGGGAAAA